CACACACACACACACACACUACAGGAGAUGUAAAGAGCGUAGGGAUAAGCUUGCUCAGUCUCUUACUCAUGAUGGAGAAUCCCUUCUUCUCCUGUAAAUCGCAAAAUCAAAUCCUCAUUCCCUUCUUCAAACCUCAAAUUUCUAACAAUCUUUCUUCCCAAAUCUCACCCCCAACCCAAAACCUCAAAGCCGCGUCCUCAGAAGCAGAGCCACCGCCGACGCUACCCCCCCAAACUGGAAGGCCGGGAGAGCGAAAGCUCCUUCGCCUUUCCCGUGCCGGAAAGCUCCAAGAGGCCGUUUCUGCUCUACACCCCGGGACUCCCAUCACAACUCGAACCUACCUCUCUCUUCUCCAAGCUUGCAUCGAUUCCAAUUCGGUUGAAGCUGGCCGCAUUCUCCAUUCCUCUUUUCCCUAUGUAAAGAACCCGAACCCCUUCGUCGAGACCAAGCUCGUCAGCAUGUACGCGAAAUGUGGCGACUUGGACAAUGCCCGCAAGGUGUUCGAAAAGAUGCGCCAAAGAAAUCUUUUCACCUGGUCUGCUAUGAUUGGAGGCUGCGGAAGGGAUAACCAGUGGGAGGAAGUUGUCGGCCUAUUCCAUCAUAUGGUUCUUGAAGGCAUCAAUCCAGAUGCCUUCUUGCUGCCCAAGAUUCUACAGGCAUGCGCUAAUAUUGAGGACGUUGUCACCGGCAAGCUACUACACUCGCUUACGAUCCGAUUAGGGUUUUUGGAGGAGAGCCAUGUUGGAAACUCUUUACUCAACAUGUACGCAAAGUGCGGAGAUUUGAUCACGGCGAAGAAGUUUUUUGAUAAACUUGAUGUGAGGGAUAGAGUAAGUUGGAACUCAAUCAUCUCUGCGCAUUGCCACUGCGGCAGAAACGAUGAAGCUUUGAAGUUAUUUGAGCAAAUGAGAAAUGAAGGGAUUGAACCUUGCUUGAUCACCUGGAAUAUACUUAUCUCUAGUUAUAGCCAGUGUGGGAAACCAAAAAUUGCUCUUGAGCUGAUGAAGAAGAUGGAGAGCAGCAAAAUCGUCCCUGAUGUCUUCACAUGGACCUGCAUAAUCUCAGGUUUGCUGCAGAACAAGAAGAUGAACCAAUCUCUGGAUCUCUUUCAACAGAUGUUGAAAUCCGAUAUCGAACCAAACAACAUGACGGUCGCCUGCGCCAUCUCUGCUUGCGCUACUCUUAAAUAUCUAAAAAAUGGAAGAGAGCUUCAUUGCUACGCCAUUAAAAAUGGAGGUGCAGCUAAUUUACUGGUGAUUAACUCGUUGGUAGACUUAUAUUCAAAAUGCUGGAAGCUAGAAGAUGCUGAAAGAAUAUUUGAUGCCAUUGAUAAGAAGGAUGUUUUUACUUGGAAUUCAUUGAUAGGAGGGUACAUGCAGGCUGGGUACUGCGGGAAGGCUCAUGAACUCUUCACCAAGAUGGAGACUUUGGGUCUUCAGGAUAAUCCUGUGACAUGGAAUGUGAUGAUUUCUGGGUACAUUCAGAACAGGGAGGAAGAACAAGCAGUUGAACACUUUCAGAAAAUGGAAGCUGCUGGUGUUAGAAGGAAUGCAGCCUCAUGGAAUGCCCUAAUCUCUGGUUUCUUGCAGAAUGGAGAAGCAAACAAGGCUUUUAGGGUUUUUCGUCAAAUGCAAUUCGGUUCCGAGAAAUCAAAUUCCAUUACGAUCUUAAGCAUACUUCCAGCUUGCGCGAAUUUGGUGUCAGCAUGGAAGGUAAAGGAGAUCCAUGCCUAUGUGCUUCGCAGCGGUUUGAAUCAUGAUCUUCCAAUUUUGAAUUCAUUGAUUGAUAUCUACUCCAAGUCUGGUGACUUAACCAGUGCUCGUGUUUCAUUUAACACGCUACAUGCCAGAGAUUAUAUCUCUUGGAAUUCAGUGAUUGCUGGAUGUGUUUUCCAUGGUUGUUCCCAACCGGCUCAGGAACUUUUCCAUCGCAUGGAAAAUGAAGGAGUGAAGCCAAAUCUAUCAAUUUACACCAGUUUGAUUCGUUCUUAUGGUUUUGAUGGAUUGGUGAAUGAUGGGAAGGAGCUCUUCAUGAACAUUACAGAACAGAACUUUUCUCCAGGCAUGGAGUUUUAUGCAGCAAUGGUUGAACUCUUCGGCCGGUCUAAACGGCUUGUGGAAGCUUAUAGUAUGAUCAAGGAAAUGCCUGUUGAACCAGACUCCACUGUUUGGAACGCAUUACUUACAGCAGCGAGAUAUUGUGGUAAUGUCAAGCUUGCUAGUUUUGCAACUGAGAACCUGAUUAAAUUAGAACCUAAAAAUCCAAUAUUGCAAUGUCUAUCUUCAAGUUUACAAGCUAUAUGUGGCAGCUCAUCUGAAAUACCAGACAUGAAGAAGCCAUUGAAGGAGAGUGAUGAAUAUGGCUUCCAUUCUUGUUGCUGGAUGGAAGAUAGAUGCCGGGUUUAUACAGUUUUUGUUGGUGACAGAAUGGUUGAGUCUGUAUCUACUAAGCUGGUAGAAUUAAGACGAAUAGAGAAGGAGAUCAAGGCGAACAUUGCAAGCAUCACAGGUACAAGGCUUGACAUUGAGGAAGAGCUGGAAGAUGAUGAUGAAAUGCACUGUGAGAGGAAAGCAAUACUAUACUCCCUUGUGAGUGGAGCUUCCUUAAAAGUGAUAAGAAUAGUUAAGAAUGUGAGGAUGUGUGCAAAAUGCCAUGGAACAGCCAAGCUUGUUUCCAAGUUGUAUGGUAGGAUCAUUCUGAUCAAGGAUAGGAAGUGCUUGCAUUAUUUUAGGGACGGGGAGUGUUCUUGCAAGGACUAUUGGUGAUCUGAUUGGAAGAUCAGAGGUGGAAUACCUUUUGUAACUACUGCUGGUGAUUUGACUGAGAUUAUCAUCUGAUAGUUCAAAAUAUUUGCUUUUUGGCAAUAAAAAUACUUUGUAAAAUAUUGCGGAUUUGUCUUUUCGAUCAACAAAAUUUAUCAUCUCCUGAAAUGAAUCCUGCAGAGAAUGUUCUAAAGCCAGUUUGCUGAGUGAGAACCACUUUAGUCAAGUGAAUCCAGGAAUUAGUGUUGUAAUGAUAAAGUCAAAAUCUUCAUGCAAGUGUCAUCAAGAGUGUGUACAUUGCC